GGCCUUGAUGCCCGCGCUCCGCGCCCUGCCCCCUGAGGCCGCCCAUGGUCUGGCUCUGCGCGCCGCCGCCCUGGGGCUGCUGCCCACCCACCCGCCCGACGGACCUGCACUGGAGGUGCGAGUCCUCGGGCAGCGGUUUUGCAACCCGGUGGGGCUGGCAGCCGGCUUCGACAAGCAGGGUGAGGCUGUGGACGGGCUGUACAAGAUGGGGUUUGGCUUUGUGGAGGUUGGGACGGUCACACCCCAGCCCCAGGAGGGGAACCCCCGACCCAGGGUCUUCCGUCUGACGGAGGAUGAGGCCGUCAUUAAUAGGUUUGGGUUCAACAGCCACGGCCACGCUGCAGUGGAACGGAGGCUGUGGGCCCGGCGGGAGGCACAGCUCAAGCUCACUGGUGUGGGGAUGCCCCUUGGAGUCAACCUGGGCAAGAACAAGAGCUCUACGGAUGCUGCAGCUGACUACGUGGCCGGGGUCCGGACGCUGGGCCCUUUGGCUGACUACCUGGUUGUGAACAUAUCCAGCCCAAACACCCCAGGGCUGCGGGACUUGCAGGGCAAGGCAGAGCUGCAGGACCUACUGACCAAGGUGCUGGCAGAGCGGGACGCGCUGCCCUGCGAGCGCAAGCCAGCUGUACUGGUGAAGAUUGCCCCUGACCUCACAGCACAGGACAAGCAGGACAUCGCCAGCGUCGUCUGCGAGCUCAGUGUGGAUGGGCUGAUAAUCAGCAACACCACAGUGAGCCGUCCCAGCAGCCUGCAGAGCCCACAGCGCUCGGAGCCCGGGGGCCUCAGUGGGAAGCCACUGCGGGAGCUCUCCACGCAGACCAUCAGGGAGAUGUACGCUCUCACCAGAGGCCCUGCAGGCCAGGUGCCCAUCAUCGGGGUGGGGGGUGUGAGCAGCGGCCGCCAUGCCCUGGAGAAGAUCCGUGCCGGAGCCUCGCUGGUGCAGAUGUACACGGCUCUGGUGUACCAUGGGCCACCGGUGGUGGGGGCUGUGAAGCGGGAGCUGGAGGAGCUGCUGAGGGAGCAGGGCUUCAGGAACGUCAUGGAGGCGGUUGGAGCGGAUCACCGGUCCUGACACACUGCAGAGACAAGUUCUAGGCAGGAGUAGCUGUGGCUAAAUGGGAGUGGGUCUGGGCAGGCUGGGGCUGAGCCAAGGUCCUGGUCCCAGCCCUGAGAAGGGUUGGUGAUGGGUGAAGCUGAGGCUGUGCUUGUGUGGAGCAGGCAAGGACACCAUUGGUGCUGCUGCCCAGGGCUGUAUUUUGGCUUUCUUGUGGGUCAUGUUGUGUAUCUGGAUCCUGCCUGAGUGUCAAUAAAUGUUUGUC